UGUAAAGAUUUAAGAAAUAGGGAUUCCAUAGAGAAUGAGCCCAGCUUCUUCUUCUCCUUCCACAAAGCUUACAGCUUCAAAUUCUUGAAGCCCUCUGUUACGAUUACGAACCUGAGAACAUUUUUCUUAAGCUAAGUGCACAAAUUAUGCGAUUUCAGCCUCCAAUUUCUCCAAAGAAGAGGCAUCAACAUCCCACAAAUGCCCCCUCAAAUCCCCUCAAAACCCUACAAGCAAUACUUCUUCUAUGGCCACCGCCACCGCAACCCCAAGCAGCACCGCCCCACCGUCUACGGCGGCCUCUUCACCAACCGUCAAUCCCUCACUCCACCCAACCCCGACAAACCCAUUUACCCAAAACCCCAACCCUUCCAUCUCCGCAACUGGGAUCCUGAUCGCCCAUUUAAACAACACUCCAACCUUACGCCGUCGCCCUCCGAGGCCUUCUUCUCCAGCGCCCUCCGCCUUUCCCCAAUUGCUCGCUUCAUCGUCGACGCCUUCCGGAAGAAUCAAAACCAAUGGGGUCCGCCGGUGAUCUCUGAACUCAACAAGCUCCGCCGGGUUACUCCGGACCUUGUGGCAGAGGUUCUCAAGGCUUCUCACCGCCGUGAUUCUAACCCCAUUUUAGCCUCCAAAUUCUUCUACUGGGCUGGGAAACAAAAGGGGUUUCAUCACAAUUUCGCUUCUUAUAAUGCUUUUGCUUAUUGUUUGAAUCGCCACAAUCGCUUCAGGGCUGCUGAUCAGAUUCCUGAGCUCAUGGAUUCACAAGGUAAGCCUCCUAGUGAAAAACAGUUCGAGAUUCUGAUUAGAAUGCAUUGUGAUGCCAAUAGGGGUCUUAGAGUUUACUAUGUGUAUGAAAAGAUGAAGAAAUUUGGGGUUAUUCCUCGUGUUUUCUUGUAUAACAGGAUUCUUGAUGCCUUAGUCAAAACAGGUAAUAUGGAUUUAGCUUUAUCUGUUUAUAGGGACUUUCAGGAAAAUGGGUUAGUGGAAGAGAACAUUACCUUCAUGAUUUUGAUUAAAGGGUUGUGUAAGGCAGGGAGGGUUGAUGAAAUGCUCGAGCUUUUGGGUCGAAUGAGGGCAAAUUCGUGUAAGCCUGAUGUGUUUGCUUAUACAGCAAUGGUGAAAGUGUUGGUUUCUGAGGAGAAUUUGGAGGGAUGUUUGAGAGUUUGGGAUGAAAUGAUAGCUGAUAGAGUAGAGCCUGAUGUUAUGGCAUAUGGGACUUUGAUUAUUGGAUUGUGCAAAGUCGGUCGGGUGCGAAAAGCGUUCGAGUUGUUUCAGGAGAUGAAAGGGAAGAGGAUUUUGAUAGACAGAGCAAUUUAUGGGUCCUUGAUUGAGGCAUUUGUGCAGGAUGAGAAAGUUGGAUUAGCUUUUGAUUUGCUGAAGGAUUUAGUAGAUUCAGGGUAUAGAGCUGAUUUAGAGAUAUAUGAUUCUCUUAUUAAAGGUCUUUGUAAUGUAAAUCAAGUCGAUCGGGCGUAUAAACUCUUUCGAGUAACCAUACGAGAGGAUCUUAAGCCAGAUUUCGGAACGGUGAAGCCUAUUAUGAUUCAGUACGUGGAGACGAGAAGAAUGGAAGAUUUGUGGAAGUUGUUAUCAUUGUUGCAGAAGUUGGAACUUUCUAUGGAUGAUGUUCUUUCCAAGUUUAUGUCUCUUAUGGUCGAAGAGGAGGACAAGAUAAGCACAGCUCUAGAUGUGUUUCGUGGCUUGAUCGAUAAGGGCUAUGGCAGUGUUGCGAUAUACAAUAUCGUUAUUGGGGCUCUUCACCGGCAUGGGCAGGCGAAGAAAGCGUUGGAGAUCUACAAUGACAUGAAGAACUCGAAUAUCAAACCAGACCCUUCAACUUACUCUAUUGUUGUAUCAUGCUAUGUUGAAGUCGAAGAAAUCCAAGAGGCUUGUGCAUCUCAUAACAAAAUAGUUGAGCUGGGUUCGGUUCCUUCCGUGGCAGCCUACUGCUCUCUUUCCGAAGGUCUGUUCAAAAUCUGCGAGAUCGACGCAGUUAUGAUGCUUGUUAGAGACUGUUUAGCAAACACCGAAAGUGGACCUCUGGAAUUCAAAUACGCUCUAACGAUUCUCCAAGCGUGUAAAUCUGGUAAAGCAGAGAUGGUGAUCGAUGUCCUUAACGAGAUGGUGCAACAAGGUUGCCCUGUGAGCGCGGUGACAUACUCGGCCAUCGUAUCAGGAAUGGGCAAGUAUGGGACGAUUGACGGGGCCAAGAAAGCGUUUUUACAUCUGAAGGAGAGCAGGCAGAUGAGAGAAGCAAACUGCAUUGUAUGUGAGGAAGUGUUAGUUGAACACAUGAAGAAGAAGACGGCAGAUUUGGUAAGAUGUGGGUUGAAAUUUUUCAAUCUUGAAUCCAAGCUGAAAGCAAAAGGAAGCAAGCUGCUAUCAAAUUAAGAACAUAAUUAUUUUCCUCACUAUUUGUUCAUCAAUAAAAACUCUUUUCUUUGCUGAUAUA